AUGAAGUCGACAACGUCACGAAGCACUCCGAACACGACAACCGUACUACUGAAUGAGCGGGCCAACGAGCGCAGCCGAAACUGCACGUUCUGCAGCGAUUGUUGGGCACGCGUCGGCGGAGUGGACGAUAAGGAGGAAGCACGACGAUCCUGCUGCGAACAGCUGGGGACAUUUGGAGGCGAACGAAGCCAGUCCGCGAUCAGGUCCUCGUUCACCGACACCACGUGGUCGGCUAUCCGCAGAACGCCGUUCGUUCUGAAAGGGUAG